AUGGGUGGUGGAAUAGGAGGUAAGGAUGGUGGUGACAUAGGAGGCGAUAUUGACGGUGACUCUAGAGGCGGAGAUAUUGGUGAUGAGUCUGGAGAUAACAAUGGAGGUAAUGUUGAGGGUGACAAUAGUGGUGGUGAGAUAGGAGGUAACGAUGGUGGUGAGUUAGGAGGUGAUAAUGGUGGUGACUUUAAAGGUGGCGACAACGGUGGUGAAAUAGGAGGAAAUAAUGAUGGUGAGUCAGGAGCUGAUAUUGGCGGUGACUCAAAAGGUGAAAAUAAUGGUGGUGAGACAGGAGGUGAUAAUGGUGUUGACUCUAAAGGUGGCAAUAUUGGCUGUGAGAUUGAUGGUGACAAUGGAGGUAAGGUAUCUGAGGGCGAAAAUAAUGGAGGUGAGAUAGGCGGUAACGAUGGUGAUAAGUUAGGAGGCAAUAAUGGUGGUGAGUUUGGAGGUGAUUGUGGUGGUGACCCUACAGGUGGUAAUGUUGGUAGUGAAAUCGGUGGUGACAAUGGAGGUAAUGUUGAGGGCGACAAUGGUGGUGAGAUAGGAGGUAAUGAUGGUGAUAAGUCAGGAGGUGAUAAUGGUGGUGACUCUAGAGGGGGCAAUAACAGUGGUGAUAAUGGUGGUGAGACGGGAGGUGAUAAUGGUGUUAACUCUAGAGGUGCCAAUGCUGGUUGUGAGAUCGGUGGUGGGAAUGGAGGUAAGAUAUCUGAGGGCGAAAAUAAUGGAGGUGAGAUAGGAGGUAACAAGGGUGAUAAGUUAGUAGGCGAUAAUGGUGGUGAGUUGGGAGGUGAUUGUGGUGGUGACUCUAGAGGCGGUAAUGUUGGUAGUGAGAUUGGUGGUGACAAUGGAGGAGGUGAUAAUGGUGAUGACUCUAGAGGUGGCAAUAACAAUGGUGAUAAUGGUGGUGAGAUUGGAGGUGAUAAUGGUGUUAACUCUAGAGGUGCCAAUGUUGGUUGUGAGAUCGGUGGUGGGAAGGGAGGCAAGAUAUCUGAGGGCGAAAAUAAUGGAGGUGAGAUAGGAGGUAACAAGGGUGAUAAGUUAGGAGGCGAUAAUGGUGGUGAGUUGGGAGGUGAUUGUGGUGGUGACUCUAGAGGUGGUAAUGAUGGUAAUGAGAUCGGUGGUGACAAUGGAGGUAAUGUUGAGGGCGACAAUGAUGGUGGUGAGGUAGGAGGUAAUGAUGGUGAUAAGUCAGGAGGUGAUAAUGGUGAUGACUCUAGAGGUGGCAAUAACAGUGGUGAUAAUGGUGGUGAGACGGGAGGUGAUAAUGGUGUUAACUCUAGAGGUGCCAAUGUUGGUUGUGAUAUCGGUGGUGGGAAUGGAGGUAAGAUAUCUGAGGGCGAAAAUAAUGGAGGUGAGAUAGGAGUUAACAAGGGUGAUAAGUUAGGAGGCGAUAAUGGUGGUGAGUUGGGAGGUGAUUGUGGUGGUGACUCUAGAGGUGGUAAUGAUGGUAGUGAGAUCGGUGGUGACAAUGGAGGUAAUGUUGAGGGCGACAAUAAUGGUGGUGAGAUAGGAGAUAACGACGGUGAUAAGUCAGGAGGUGAUAAUGGUGAUGACUCUAGAGGUGGUAAUAACAGUGGUGAUAACGGUGGUGAGACGGGAGGUGAUAAUGGUGUUAACUCUAGAGGUGCCAAUGUUGGUUGUGAUAUCGGUGGUGGGAAUGGAGGUAAGAUACUUGAGGGCGAAAAUAAUGGAGGUGAGAUAGGAGGUAACAAGGGUGAUAAGUUAGGAGGUGAUAAUGGUGGUGAGUUGGGAGGUGAUUGUGGCGGUGACUCUAGAGGUGGUAAUGUUGGUAGUGAGAUUGGUGGUGACAAUGGAGGUAACAUUGAGGGCGACAAUAAUGGUGGUGAGAUAGGAGAUAACGACGGUGAUAAGUCAGGAGGUGAUAAUGGUGACGACUCUAGAGGUGGCAAUGACGGUGGUAAGAUAGGAGGUGAUAAUGGUUGUGAGUUGAAAGGUGAUAUUGGGGGUGACUCUAGAGGUGACAACAUUGGUGGUGAGGUCGGAGGUGACAACGGAGGUAGCGUUGAGGGUGGCAAUAAUGGUGGUGAGUCUGAAGGUAAUAAUGGUGGUGAGUCUAGAGGUGACAAUAAUGGUGGUGAGAUAGGAAGUGACAAUGGAGGCAACAUUGAGGGCGAUAACAAUGGUGGUAUGGUAGGUGGUAUAUCAGAAGGUGACUUUAGGGGUGGCAAAAGUGGAGAGAUAGGAGCUGACGAUGGAGGUGAUGUUGAGGGUGACAAUAAUGGUGGUGAGAUAGGAGGUGACGAUGGAGGCAAUGUUGAGGGCGAUAACAAUGGUGGUGUGAUAGGUGGUAUAUCAGGAGGAGGUAACGAUGGUGGUAAGUCAGGAGGUGAUAAUGGUGGUAGGACAGGAGGUAACAAUGGUGAUGUAUCAGGAGGUGAUAAUGGUGGUGACUUUAGAGGUGGGAUAAAAGGUGACAAUAGGGGUGAGACCGGAGGAGAUAAUGGGGGCAACGUUGAUGGUGACAAUGAUGGUGUUGAGAUUGGAGAUAAUGAUGUUGGUGGUGGUGGUGGUGUUGUGAUUGGAGGAGGUGGUGGUAGUGGUUUAGUAAGAGGUGGAGGUGGUGGUCGUCUAACAGGAGGUGGAGGUGGUGGUCGUCUAACAGGAGGUGGUGGUGGUGGUCGUCUAACAGGAGGUGGUGGUCGUCUAACAGGUGGUGGUGGUGGUGGUCGUCUAACAGGAGGUGGUGGUCGUCUAACAGGUGGUGGUGGUGGUCGUCGUCUAAUAGGAGGUGGUGGUGGUGGUCGUCUAACAGGAGGUGGUGGUCGUCUAAUAGGAGGUGGAGGUGGUCGUCUUCUAAUACGAGGUGGUGGUGGUGGUGAAUCGCAUUCAGCAUUGGACUAA